ACAGAUUUGGAAAAAUGCCCAUUCGACUUUUGUUUCUUCUUCUUUUUCUUCCUUCUACCUUCUUAUCUUCCCUGAAAGUUUGUCACGUAGAUGCAUUGGCUUUGUAUGAGCCACAUAACCUAGGAUGGGCUGGCCACAUGUUCCAGAGCUCCUCGCAACGCGCUGCUUUCCUCACUUUCCUUUCCGAUAACAGUAACACCGGUCCUGAGUUGACAAAAGAAGACUUCUCGGCAUUAUCCAUCCUGUGGGACGCCCUGAGACGAACAACAAUCGAAGACAAACAAACAAAAUCCGUUUCGCAGCGUAUCCUCUCGCCUACAUCACAUCCCUUGAAUAAAAUCCAAGAAGCUUCAAUUCGACUCAAGAGAAGGCAGAUUGCCACAAACGCGGCUGGUACUCUCCGGGAAGCCCCCCCACUUAAUAACCUUCUGGAAGUCUCACCAGAAAGAUUUAUCUCAGACUCGCCUGGUACAGACCCACCCGACUCCGGCUUGCCAGCACCGGCUACUUCGUCAAGCAAAGUUGACAGCUCAACUGGCAAAUCAGCCACUCCAGGACCCGCGAAGGCCCCACAGAAAUCCCCGGGCCAAAAGGCCUCGCAAUCAACAGAACUGCUCGAUCCAGGACUCAAAGGACUCAUAAUCAUCGGCAUAGUUGCAUCCUUAAUGGGCCUUUACCUAUUUUUCCGAAAAAGGUUUGUUAGCGAACCCGAAGCCCAGAUAUCGACAACAUCUUCUGAAAAAGGAGGGCUCGAGGGACCCCCCAUCGCAGCCGACUACGCAGGAGGUAUCAACAUAACGGGGCCAAUUGGCCACAAUUACACUACUGAGCUCAGUCAGGAAAUGAGGCCAGGGUAUCAAAACUACAAGCAGUUCGGUGGUGUUGGAAAUAAUAGAGCUCAAGUGAAGCGACCUUCGGUGAGAUCUCAGCCUACCUCUGGGAAGGCAAUAGCCUUGCCCUCGAGCGCCAAAGUGACAAAGCAGAGAACAAGAAUGCCGAGUUCAGAUCAAGGAAGAGAAGGACAAGCAAAGGGUUCCAAUCGAAAGCCCCAGGGCCGAGGGUGACUGCAAAACCUAAGCUUGAGCUCGGAAAGGAUCAUUAACAGAAUCAGAGGCCCACUUUGCCAUUUAAUCUUUGUACAUCAUGUAAAAAUAGAUAUCAAUCUCCCUUGAGAUAUUUGAAGGACUUCUUGUUGGUC